AGUGAUCUCAUAUCAGUUCAUCCAGACUUUUAAAUCUGAUUCUCAAGCUUGUUUGAAGAACCAAAUUUGCCAGAGAUCAGUUAUCAAGAUUAAAAGAUCCAGGAUCUGCCAAAUCAUCUUAGAUCAUUUAAGCGAGGUCCAAAGAACGACAGGUCACUACUAUGACAUGAUUGACAAUUGUCACUGUUUGUCAUUUUGCUCCGUUUAUCCUGAGAGCUGAUGCUGAGUAUUCUCAGAGUUUUUCACACUUCAAACUGUUAACCCUGGGUCAUUCUAAACUGUAAGACUUUAAUAUUUGGGUGAAACAUCCAAUUCUUGCUUGUCGCUUUGAGCCUUCAUACUAAAGCUAACUUUUUUUUUUUUUUAGACCGGAUGGUGCUGAAAGAAGAGACUCAUCAACAGAAUGAAAUAGAUGAGAAACAGCAGUUUGAGAAACCCCAAGAAAUAACGACUGAUGAAAAACCCACACUGACUAAAAAGACUUCAUCACACAGAAGACAUCUGAAAUACAAAUCUGGGUGUAAUUUCAGCUGUAAACAGAGUAGAAAGAGUUUCAGUCAAAAGCCAAACCUUGAUGUUCACAUGAGAGUUCACAAUAGGGAGAAACAUUACACCUGCGAACAAUGUGGAAAGAGUUUUCCUAAAAUCAAUUUCCUUAAAGCCCACAUGAGAAUUCAUAUUGGAGAGAGGCCAUACACAUGCCAACAGUGUGGAAAAAGCUUCCAUCAUGCAAGAAACUUGGCAGUGCACAUGAGAAUUCACACUGGGGAGAAGCCUUACUCUUUCCCUCACUGUGGAAAGAGUUUUAAACAAAAUAACAACCUUGAAGUCCACAUGAAAACACACACUGGAGAGAGAAGUUUUAAUUGCACACAGUGUGGGAAAAGUUUUGCUAAAAAACAAAACCUUAAAAUCCACAUGAGGAUUCACACCGGAGAGAAACCUUACACAUGCACAGAGUGUGGUAAAAGUUUCAGAUGUAAAAGCACAUUCAAUAUCCACAAGAGAACUCACACCGCAGAGAAACCUUAUAGAUGCACAGAAUGUGGUAAAAGUUUCCCAAAUAAAAGCACAUUCAAUAACCACAUGAGGAUUCACACUGGAGAGAAACCUUACACAUGUACAGAGUGUGGUAAAAGUUUCAUACGUAAAACCACACUCAAUUACCACAUGAGAACUCACACUGGAGAGAAGCUGUUUGCAUGUGUUCAGUGUGGAAAGAGCUUCACAACCAAACUUAGCCUCAAGAACCACAUGAAUGGUCACACUGGAACCAUCGUGUUCACAUGUGAUCAGUGUGGAAAGAGUCUCACACGCAAAGACUCCAUUAAGCGACACAUGAAGACUCACUCAGGAGAGCGUUUUAGAUGCAGUGAGUGUGGAAAAGACUUUAAACAUAAAAGAAGCCUCAGCACUCACAUGAAGCUUCACAAUUCAGAGCAGAGUCCUCAACAUUUAGGCCUUGUCCACACAAACACGGGUAUAUUCAAAACGGCAGCUUUUUCACGUAGUUUGGCUGUUCAUUCAAGUGAAGUUUACUUAUAAACUACUUUCGAGAGGAUCACAUGCUUAUGAUUGUCCACGGCUGGUCCAGCAUUAGCUAACACAUGAUUCACCAAUCAGAUGAUUCCUAACUCACUAUAAAUAACCAAAGUUUCUUAACUCUGUUAUCUUCAUCUUGAAGAAUCCCCCUCCCACCCGUACUGCCCCUCCUUUCUAGAUAUGUGCCAAAAUGGUUGCCCAUAGUCGAGCUCUUAGAAGCCAUAUAUGUCCUUUUAGCCAUCUCUAUAUCUGUCAUUACAACAGAAACAAGGCAUUCAUGGUGAUCUACCUGAGCUCAAACUCCCCUCUCACCCUGCUUACAGAAGGGAGUCCAGAGCUUGAGUAUCUUAUGAGCUUAGGGCUCUCUUCUGGGACAAGUAUGAACUCUUGAAUACAUGUCAAGUUACUGGAAAUGAAACCCUUUGAACACCUGAAGAUGUAAACUCAAUAACUGAAGAGGGGUGAAGAUUUUUAAUAACUCUUUUGUAGUGUAGAUCAGGGGUCACAGCCCAGUACCAGGUUGUGAGAGUUGCUAUCGGGCUGCAAUAAUGCAAAAGACCUCUAUAUGUUGAUAGAUUGUAUGACCUGUUUCAUAUGCAAACAAGUAUCUGCAUCUGAAAAGGUGUGAACCAAAUGACCUACAGGAGCUCAAGAAUUGUGACCCAACAAAAGCAGUUGGGUAGUCUUUUACUUGAAGAUCGAUGAGUUGACAUCACUGAUGAGGAACUGCACUAUUGUCUUCAAUAAAGUCUUCUACCCGUAA